AUGGAAGGAACGCGUAGUGGACGAGGCCGGGGCUGUGGACGUAGGCAACCCUCGAAUGAAAGGGAAAAUCGGGAACCAAUGUCUGAACCCAAUCCUGAACCUGGAGUGGAUCCUAACAUUCAGGUAGCUGCGGCUAUCCAGCGCAUGACUGAUCUUUUAGCCCACGUAGUAGAGCAUCAGGGCCAAAACCCUAAUUCUCAACCUGGAAACCCUGGUAACCAUAUAGAGGGGGAGGAUAGGGCUCUCGAACGAUUUCAGAAGUUCUCGCCACUGAAAUUUCUUGGGGGACCAGACCCUGACGUGGCCGAGAGGUGGCUAGAAAAGAUGAUUGCUAUCUUUGCCGCGUUACACUACACUGAGGAGCGACAAGUGACAUUUGCCGUCUUCCAAUUGAAAGGCGCGGCCCGAUCUUGGUGGAAUAUCAUAAGACUGAAAUGGGAAAGAGAACAAACACCGAGGAUGUGGGUGAAUUUCAUGAGGGAGUUCAACACGAAAUAUUUCCCACCUCUGAUUCAGGAAAAGAAAGAGGAUGAGUUCAUUAGGUUUUGUCAAGGAACUCAAACUGUCGUCGAAUAUGAGAGCUAUUUCACCAGAUUGUCUAAGUUCGCUCCCGAACUAAUUGUGACUGAGGAAAGGCAGAUAAGGCAUUUCGUCCAGGGAUUAAAUGUUGAGAUUCAGAAAGACCUGGCCGUAGCCCAACUCAGUACCUUUAGCGAUGCUGUAGAAAAAGCUCAACGAGUUGAAAAUGCGAGGUUACAAGUCAAGAACUUCCAAACCAAGAAAAGGGGAUUUCCUGGAAGUAGUUCGGAGAAAGGGGGUAAAAGUACGCCUCCUAAAAUUGGAAGGGUAAACGGAGGAGUACAACUACCGGGGAUAUCAAGUGGUGCAUCACCGAGAGGCUCAGUCUCCGCUUCCCGUGGUCCCUGCGGGCAGAUGUCGAGAAGGCGGUGA